CAUAUAUUGAGGGAUGAUGAUAAAUUUCUGUAUUCAUCAUUUUCUACUUUGAGCUUAGUGGAUAAUGCCAUACAUCGAACUUAAGCAUACUGUCACCACACAUGCUUUUCUCUGCUUGUAUUGAGGAUAUAGAGAAAUUGGAUUCAUUAUUCUUCCUAAGGCCACUGAUAGAGAACAUAGACUGUGAUUAAGACCCUUUAUAGGUCCUGUCAAUAUGCUGGAAUUACUCACAGGAGUCACACGAUCCAGGCAAAGGGUGAGAAUAUAUUUGAGGUGAGGUUUCUGGAAAGGGGAAUGUGACAUGGUAUUGAAGCCAGUGUGUUUAGAUUAAUCAAAUGAGAAAUAUGUAAUAUUUAUCCACAGAAUUUUGGAAGUUCCCUUGUCACAAGACUGCAUCAAGUUUAUAUUCCAUUUAGGCAAAGGCUGACAUAUAGGAGAAUAAGACUGUUGGGUAUGUCUCUCUAAAUUCUAAUCUCAAUUCUACCAUUUCAGUGCUUUGUGAUAAAACAAAGGUUAUCUUAUCAUUUUCUAUUCUGAGAUAAUUGAUGAUGGGACAAAAUACGUAAGUUACAGCCAUUUGAGUCUCAUUAUAUAGAUUUAGUAGCACACAUAUGGGCUACUGUCGAGAUUUCUUUUUUCGCUUCAUCUAACACAGAACAACCACUCAUAAUAAGGCUACCAGAUUCUGAAGAAAAGCCUUUUAUUUCAUUAUUGAUUAAGUCUCAUGAUCCUAUCUUGUAACAAGAACUGUAGACUAUUGACAGCAUGGAAGUUUGGAAUUCUACAGGUGUGAAAGAAUUCAUACUGAUUGGCUUAACAGAAAAUCCUAAUUGGCAGGUUCCUCUCUUUUUGCUUUUUUGCAUAAUUUAUUUUAUCAUUCUUGUGGGUAAUUGUGGGAUGAUCUUCCUGAUCUGGUUGAAUGUCCAACUUCAUACCCCAAUGUACUUCUUUCUUAGUAACCUCUCCUUCUGUGAUAUCUGCUAUUCCACUAUCAUUGCUCCUAAAAUGAUCAUCAAUUUCCUAUCAGAACACAAGUCUACUAGGCUGUUUGCUUGUAUUCUGCAGAGUUUCUUUUUUGCAGUAUAUGCAACCACAGAAGUAGUCCUCCUGUCUAUGAUGGCUUAUGAUCGCUAUGUGGCAAUUGCAAACCCCUUAAUGUAUACAGUUAUUAUGACACAGAGCAUCUGCACUCAAAUGAUUCUUGCAAGUUACUUGACUGGCCUCAUAAAUUCCUUGAUUCAUACAAUAGGUUUACUCAAACUAAAUUUCUGUGGUCCCAACAUUGUGAAUCACUUCUUCUGUGAUGUUCCUCCUCUUUUGAAGCUUGCAUGCUCUGAUUCACACAUCAAUGAGAUACUGCUCUUAGUCUUCUCUGGUAUAAUUGCUAUUUCUACUUUGAUCAUCGUCAUAGUAUCCUAUAUCCACAUUAUCAUUGCCAUCCUGAGAAUCCGCUCCGCUAUGGGGAGAGGCAAAGCCUUCUCAACUUGUGCCUCACACCUGACAGCUGUGGCAUUAUUUUAUGGAUCUUUGACAUUUAGCUACAUCCAGCCAAGUUCUCAGUACUCCAUGGAACAGGAAAAAGUCUCUGCUGUGUUUUACACAUUGGUCAUCCCCAUGUUGAACCCUCUGAUUUACAGCCUGAGAAAUAAGGAUGUGAAGGAAGCAGCCCAGAAGUUGAUGUUGGGGAAGAGAAAUGCCUGUUGAAUCCAUCAUUUCUUUAGGUGAAAACUUGGUGUGAAUCUUCAAACUGGCAUUGUUAAAAUGUAUU